AUGUCGGUUCAAAGGCAGAUUUGGGAUAUUUUUGAAUCUCUUGGCCACAAGCCACGAUGGUUUGAUAAGAAAGAUAAGAAAGAUAGUCCCAUGUUUAUAUUGGACUGUCGUGUCCCUCUAAACAAAGACAAUGCUCUUCCUCAAGCUGAGCUGAACUACGAUCACGUGGAUAUACAACUUCAAAUAAGUCGCAGUGAUCAUCUAGCUUCAAUGUUCCCCGAUGACGAGGAGGACUAUACGUUCAGAUUAAAGAGAUGGGGUGUACGCCUCUUGGACGACUAUUCAUCAGCGGAGAAAGACUGGUAA